AUGGCUGCGUCGUUUGCCGCAUAUGCCUCCCAAUACCUCAACAGGCAGCAGCGGCCGCCAGAUGCCAGCAUGCUGUCCUCGUCGUCCCACCCGAUGUUCUUCUCCUUCAGCACAGACGACGGUUCACGAGGCGGACAUGGCCCCGACAGCGCUUUGUUAGACGACUAUGACCUCGACGACCCCCAUUUGAAUCUAAGAGAUAGUGGCGCAUCAGAAUCGACAGCUCGACGACCUACAACGGUGCAAAGAGACGAUGAAGACGACGACGAUCCUUAUUUGCGGUUAGACGAAGAUGAACGAACCGGGAGACAUGGUUUCCAGUCGCGUGAGCAGCAGCAGAGGGCGCCUCUCAUCGUUGCAGACGACGACAAUGCCAGUUUGAGCGGGAGCAGCCAUAUGGGUUCGCCAAAGGGUUGGCUGGCGCAUUUGGCCGCCUCGCCAUCGCUCCACAUUGCGGCACCAACGCCUCGUCCAGUGCGGUCGCCGUCUCCAGCGACGUCGAGCUCUUCAGACUCGGCACCGCCAGAAGACCUGUUUGGCGGUCCAUCGUCGAGGAAACCACAGCACCAACAUCGCCAGUCUCAUCGGCAGCACCAUCCCAUACCGCCUCCGCCGAGGACGCAAGCGCACGAGCCGCAGUCACUGUCCCUCACCGAGUCUCUUCUCCCCAGAGACGGCCGCACGAGGCCAUUAGACGUCUUCUCAUUACCUGACCCUCGCCAUCUUCCCCGCGGCAGAAGGAAACACAACGAUUCCGUCUGGACUUCCCUUUGGCUCGCAGGUGUCACGAUAUGUGUCAUCUCAGCCAUUAUUUUAUUGUUCGCAGCACGGACACCGCCUGGCGUGCCAAAGCGAGUUCUACCUUAUGUUACUUUAUUGCAUACGGUCCCGCUAUUGACCAUUCUCACUAUCCUUGCCGCCGGCGUUGCUUACGUCCACAUCUUCCUGCUCCAGAUAUUUGUCAAACCAGUGAUGAUAGCCACCUCUGUGUUCGUACCAGUUACCUUACUGAUCUCUUCAUUAUGGGCGUUUAUUGGGAGUUUCAUGUGGGAGGAGGGAACAGACCCAACCUGGGGUGAGACUGUUGGACUUCGACUCUUCUCAAUUAUCCCCCUGAUUCUCGCAAUCUACACCGGUCGACGCCUUCUCGAUCUUCCUCAUCGCCUGCACACGACCUCUUCGACACUGACACUCACAACUCAUCUUCUCAUGACAAACCCAUUCCUUCUGGCGUUGUCGCCUGCCAUCCUCCUCGCAAUGCUCCUGGCCUCGUUACCAUUCCUUACCCUUAUCUUCCGCCUCUUGUUGAUUGGCUACUCCACCGGAGGCCCCGGAAAGUCGACAGGCUGGGAAUGGCAUGUCCAUACCUGGGCUAAUUGGUGUAUCGCUGGAGCUGUCGGCAUUUGGUUGUGGACUUGGGGCGUCGCUCGUGGUCUGCUACGGAUGACCACCGCCGGCGUCAUUGGUGCUUGGUACUUUGCAGAUCCGUCACUCCCGCCGCCACCUCCAACAUCGACACACACGAUUCACAGUGCACUCUUCCGCUCAACUGGACCCUCGCUUGGGACGAUCGUACUCUCAGCUCUCAUCCUUACGUCAAUCCGAUUCCUCACCUUGCUCACCAUCGCACUUCAGCGGCUGCCUGUCUAUCUUCCAGUGCGAAUCGUCCCGAUCAUUAUGCCAGGGAUUCGCUGGAUAGUGGGUUACAUUGAUGGAGUGACGACUGCCCUAAGCGCAUACGCGUUGGUCUACGCUGGGCUAACUGGGGAUCCUUUCAUGGCGAGUGCUAGGAGAUCUAGGGUACUCGUGAAUGGCGGCCAAAAUGCUCGAGGAAGGGGGAUGGGUGGCAGAAGGGUUGCCAAAGAAGUGCUGACCUUCCCAUUUGCUCUCAGCACCUAUCUCUUUGUUGCGCAUACCUUGGGAGCACCGAAUGAGGCCCUCGGAGCUGCUGUCCUCGCUGCGGGUACCACGGGCUUGGUCGGUCUAUUCUGUGUUGGACUAGUCAAGGAUACCGCUGACACUCUCUACCUGUGCUACUGCAUUGACAAGGAUACGGGAGAUAGAAGAAAAGAGGAGGUCUUCAUCAUCUUCGAACCCGAGACCGCCAACCGUGCAGCCAAUGCUGCCGGUGGUGCUUCCGGAGGAACGCAGCAGCAAACUCAACGUGGUCAACGAUCCGCUAAGCCUCAGUCUUCAACGCAACACCAGCCGCAGAGACCUUCACCAUCCCAUGCGCCGCAACAGCAUCAACCACAGCAUCAUCGGAUAUCAUCGUUCACCUCCAACCUCACACCGCCGUUCUCCAGCGAUGAGGAGAGUCCUCAAGACGGAGAAGUUGACCCAUUCAAGAGGAGUUUCGUCGAUGGUGGAGAGGAGGACGACAUGUAUGCCGAUGAUGACCCAACUACAUCCCAGCAGCGCAGUCAUGCGGUGGGUGGUGCCGGUGGAAGACCAGCUCCCCCGAUUCCUCAGCAUGUCCAGCAGCAACGACCGCAACAUCAGCGGCAAGGAAGUCAUGGACAGUCACAAGUACCUGUGCCGAUCAACGCCUUCAUUCAACGAAAUAGGGGUCUGUCUGGAUCUGUGACCUUUUCGCGGUCUCCACCUGCCGCUGGACCGGCUGGGUUUCCUUCGAUGUCGCCGCCUACGACUGCGGCCGCUGCACAGGAGAGGAUGAUGACGAGUACGGAGCUGAACAUGAAGAGCCACGUUUUCCAGGGUCGAGCGGGAGGAGGGUACAGCGUUGAUGAUAGCAGUGAUGAGGAGGAAGGGGUCGUUGGGUUCGUUCAAGGAGGGAGCUCCAGCAACACCGCUCCUCGCAGUACCAGCAACGUUGGUAUGAGCGUGAGCGGUGGUAUGGAAGAAGAGGACGUGAAUCCGUUUGAGAAUGCUGGAGAGUUGGAGAGUGGCUUGAGUGUGAGCUCCAGUCGGACUGGUGGGGAACAGGGGAAGAAGGACAAGAAGGGAGGGGAUGAUAUGGAGGAGAGUGAUCUGUUCCCUGGGUCCGGGUUCUUCAAUUAG